AUUUCAGCGCAUAAAUAUUAAAACAAUUCCAAAGAGGUUCGUUUUAAUACUAAUCGUUGCCACCGAUGGCUCUGUGACACAUUGGAACCUUUCGUCACCUUCAUAGCCUAUCAAUUUGUUGUAAUCACUCUACGACUUCUCACUUCAAACAGACAGUCAUCAUUCAACUCUGAAGACUGUAGUGUUCAUGUUGAUACGUUACUAUUUAACUUUUAAUAAUACCAUUGUUUCAAAUUACGAAAUAAUAUAAUCUUUUUGUCUUCAUUGUGAUUCAUUUAAUUACCAUCAAUAACAAAACAUCACUGAAGUGUAGUCAACAUGUUAAUAAUUCAAAUGAAUAGUUUGAAUCUGUGACAACAAUUUUAACUAUAAAUUCAGAUUAAUAUUAGAAAAUGUUUCUUUGGGAUUGGGUUACUGGAGCUUUGGGGUAUUUAGGAUUAUGGAAAAAAUCUGGAAAAUUACUUUUCCUUGGCUUAGAUAAUGCAGGAAAAACAACAUUAUUACAUAUGCUAAAGGAUGAUCGCCUAGCUCAACACACACCAACAUUACAUCCUACAUCUGAAGAACUAUCAGUUGGAAAUAUUAAAUUUACAACAUUUGAUUUGGGUGGCCAUUCUCAAGCACGAAGAGUAUGGAAAGAUUACUUUCCUGCUGUCGAUGCAAUUGUUUUUUUAGUUGAUGCAUAUGAUCGAUCCAGGAUAUUGGAAAGUAAAGCAGAAUUAGACUCCCUUUUGCUUGAUGAGUCCUUAUCAAAUAUUCCAGUCCUUGUUCUUGGAAAUAAAAUUGAUAGACCAGGAGCUCUUAAUGAACCUGAAUUUAGGGCACAUUUUGCUCUUAAUCAAACUACUGGAAAGGGAAAAGUAUCUCGAUCUGAGCUUCCUGGGCGCCCAUUAGAAGUUUUUAUGUGCUCAGUGUUAAAACGCCAAGGUUAUGGUGAAGGAUUUAGAUGGUUAGCGCAAUAUAUUGAUUAAGUCAGUUUACUUGUUUUUAUAUUUAUAUAUUGUUUAACAAAUAUAUUUAAUUUUAGAAAUCAA